UUUUCUUUUACUGUAAAAGCCCAAGACAUUAAUUACGGUGCAGUCAGUUUGAACAGAUUUUGAGUGAAUAUACAUUUUUUAGUGGCCUAAAUUUUAAAAGAAAUGUAUUGCUUCAUACGUGUACCACUUUAUGUGUGUAUAUUUGAGCCCUAGAGCUUCAAUUUGUUACUCAUGACAUACAUAUUUUCGGCUAGCUAUGUUGUAUAUAUAUAUCACUGACUACAUAUAUAUAGACUCUCAACCGCUGAUCAUAAAAAUAUAAAAAAAUACAAUCCAUCAAAAGUUUUGGUAUUGUAUCAUUGUACAAACACUGAUCAGAUCACACAGUGAACAGCUAAAGGACACAUUUGCGGUUAACGUGGAAUUUAAUUAAUUUUGGCGAAUUUACGUCAGUGACGCUUGGUUUGCCACAUGUACGUGUACUGAUACGUAGUGUGGCUGUGUAAAGGUAGGGACACCUGUGGAUUUCACAUCAUUAUAACCUCUACCAUGUACAGCAACACACACUACAUCCUCCUAUCCCAGGUUUUGAUAGUUAAGAUUGUUUAGUAACCAUGGAGACGAACCCAUUACUGGACGCGUACAGCAGCCAUGACAAGGAGGAGAGAACUAUGGAGAGGAUCACAGACAUCGAGUUGAGCAGUAUCCAGACAGAAGACCCUCAAGCCAGGUCUUUUUCAAACAAUGCCAAUUCAAUACUGAUACAGGAAGAUGACAUUGAGACGCCGUACGGAAAUCUCCAUGUGGCUAUACAGGGUGACCGUUCUAAAAUGGCAAUCAUCACUGUUCACGACAUUGGCCUCAAUCACGUGACAAACUUUCAGGGGUUCUUCAGUUACCAAGACAUGCAACCAAUCCUGCGACAUUUCUGUGUUUACCAUGUGAAUGCUCCUGGCCAGGAGGAAGGUUCCCUACACUUGAGACCCGAGCAUGAUGCCCUAGGUAAUCCUGACUCACUUGGUAAAAGGUAUGUGUACCCUUCCAUGGACGACUUGGCUCAUGCCGUUCAGAAUGUCGUGGAAAACUAUGAAAUUGCCAGGUUCAUUGGAUUUGGGAUGGGAACAGGAAGCAACAUCCUCUCCAGAUAUGCUCUGCGUCAUCCAGAAAUCGUGGACUCACUGGUCCUGAUCAAUCCUACAUCAGGGAAGUCUGGCUGGAUUGAAUGGGGUUACCAGAAGAUGAACUCCUGGUACCUGUGGAGUGGCCAGAUGACCAACUUUACAGAGGAAUAUCUUUUGUGGCACUGGUUUGGUUCGAAAACUAGAUGGGAGAAUACAGACUUGGUGCAGGUGUUCAGAGAGUACAUCAAGACUAUCAACCCACAGAACCUGUCUCUCAUCACCGAGUCCUACCUGAAACGAACUGAUCUUGGUAUUGUGAGAGAACUUGACCCGAUGAAGAGGUCGGGGACUAACACCAUCAAAUGCAGAACUAUGUUGUUGGUCGGAGAUGAUUCUCCUCACAUAGAUGAUGUCAUUUAUAUGAACAGCAGGAUGGACCCACAGGAAACAGAUUUUUUCAAGAUCUCUGACUGUGGAGGGAUGCCUCUAGAGGAACAGCCAGGCAAAGUGUGUGAGGCAUUCCGCCUUUUCCUGCAGGGAAUGGGAUAUGUCCCAACUCUGAAUCGGUUGCCAAGUCAAAAGCACGUCACCAACAAUAACCCACAGAAGCUGAUCAGUGCAACAGAUUUCACAAAUGUCACGCCUGUCUGUUGAUCAGACCAAAUACUGACAUUUCUUGAGCCUUUAUACUUAGGGACCGAGCCAGAAAUGUGAAGGAUGCACCCAUUAACUGGCCAUGUCAUCUUAACUCCUGUGAUGUUGAGUUCCAUCUAAAUGUUUAUUAAAGGACGUCAUCCUGUUUCUAAAGUCAUAAGCUGUCAUAGUUGAUUCUGAACACUGGAAGAAAAGUGAAGAUAAAACUGGUUUUCUAUAAUAAAUCAAGGUUUUCAUACUACUGUAAGAGUAAAAAACUGAUUUUCUAUGAUAAGUUAAGGUUUUCAUACUAAAUUACAACUUCAUGAAUACAGGAAGGUCGAAACAAAAAGUAUUUAGAUUGAAUAUAUGUCAGCACCACUGUAGAAAAGUUAGUAUGUAUUGUUUAGUUUCAUUAGUACUCACACAAGAGAAGAUAAAAGAAGAUUUUGUACCAUUAUGUAAAUUAAUAUCUUAAAGAUAAGAGAAAAGAUGCACUUUAUCCAUAUUGUGACAGUUUGAUGUAUGUGAAAUUUUCAUAAAAGAAAAAUCCAUUUAUGCACAACAUCUUUUUUAUCAUGAUAAUUUUGUUACAGCAUCUAUGAAGACUGUAGUAGUUUGUAGUUAAGUUAGAGACAUGGAUUUGUGUUGCAAUUUGUAAUAAUGGCAGAUUUUUCAUGCAAAAAGAAAAAAGAAAACCAUUCCAUUUGAGAAGAUGCAGAGAUAUCGUGAUUUAUAAUUGAAACACAUCAUUUGCUUUUUUAUCUGACUUUGUGUUGGUGUUCUGUCAAAAUUCUGUGUGCAGUUUAAUUAUUUUAAUGGCUUAAAAAGGGUUUAUUUAGUAAGGGUUUGACAUACAACUUGUGCCUAUGUAUCUAUGUACACGAUGUAUCACAGAACAGAAAGGUAUACAGACAUAUGUGUGAAUAUAUUUCUGUUCAUUAUAGUUAAGCUUUCUGUUGUACACUCAAAUACACAUUGAGGAAGUCAUUUCUGUGAUUUGUAAUUGAUUGCAUACUGUGUCCUCUCCUUAAUCUGGAUUCUUAAUUAUAUGAAAAUUAAUGUACUUGAGGACUUUCAUAUUAUGGAACCUAGUUAUGUUUGUGAUGUUUUCUGUUAACAUUAAUAUGUUAAUUUGGAAAACAUAGUAGCCCAGACUUGAUUUUGGAGACCAAUGUCAGAUUAAUGAGGUUUCACUGUACACCAGACUGUUUAACAAAUACAUUGAAGUUUUGCCAAUUUUGAACUACAGUAAUCAUGGAAGUUGUUUCCAUGGUGAGGCUUAUCAAUAUUCUGCCAAUUCACGUUUGAUUAAUUAUUAAAAAAAACACCAGAAUAUUUUUUAUUUUGCAAAAAUUUGUAUUUCUCCUCAUAAAUUAUGGAAGAGGGAACAUAGAUACACAUAGCCAAAUAUAAACAGUUGCAAAAUUAAUCAUCAUAGAUCUGUUCAUUAUCAAAAAUCACAACAGGAUGUUGAUCUCAAGCAAGUGUUAUGACAUUCAUGAUUAUCAUUGUACAUUAAAGAAAAUCUCCAAACAUGUCCCGUAUUUAAAUGCUAAAUGAUUGUUUUAUUAUACUGAUCACAGUUUUAGGAAUAAAUGAGAAUGCUUUCUUUAAGAGACCUAAAUACAGGUGUAUUAGAUUUAAAUUAAAUAUAUCAAUACAUCCAAGACGCUACUUUACAAGUAAGUUUCAUAUAUGAAAUAAUUACAAAUGUAGAGACAUUAACAAAGAUGGUCCAUUUCCUUGCAUCAAGUUGUAGGUUACCAUUUUACACAAGUCUAAACUUUGAAUGCAAAAUGUAUAAUAAUUAUAUCUAUGAUUUAUAAAAAAGUAUGCUUCAUUUUUUUGUAUUUUUUUUUUUUUUGUAUCCAUUUUUAUACAAAAUUGCAAGGUUAUGUUUAUCUAUUAUGAUUAUAAAUGGUAUAACUUAUUAAUUUCCAAUGAAAUGUUUACAACACAUUAUGUAUUUGAUUUGUGUUAAUAUUGCAGAUGUUCUGAUAAUAUAUUGUGUCAAAAUGUUGCAUUGAAAUUUUGUAAAUAUUAAUUAUGUUAAAGGAGUUGUUGGAAUUUGUUAAUGAUUCAAAUAAGGUUUUGCUAUUUGUGAAUUUUUUGCAAAUGAAUUAUAAUGAGUUGAGAGUGAAGUUAUGCAUGCGUGUGUAUAUGUGUGCCAGUGAACCUUGCAUUCCAAGCUAUCUCCAAUUUUCCACUCUAGUUUCAAUUGUGUUCCAUGUUUGUUUUAAUAAGAAAUUUUCUUGAUAUAGGUGUUAUCAGGUAAAAUGAUAUUUCUUCAUGACAGCAAUUUUGUAGUUUAUGUAGUGACACCAUAUCAGUUAUAAAUCUCCUCUUCAAGACAAGAAGUAUUUAUCGCAACCAAAUAUUAACUCCAAAAAGCAUUUUGAGAUAUUGAAAUAUUGAAAGAUAUAACUAGAGUCAUAAACAUGUGCAAUGAAUUCACCCAUGCUAUGUCAUAAUUCUGAAUUCCAAUAGACAGUGUUAUUCACUUUUCUUGGUUAUGACAUAAUCUUUUAUCAGGUAAUUUCUUGAAAAAAAUGGAAUUUCUUGCAUAAUAUCAGAAGAACUCAUGUCAUUUCUGCUUCAUUGUAGUUGUUAAUUUUCAAGAAACAAUUAGUGUAAUUUCAAAGAUUUUUUUAUGUUUUUUUAUACCCAGUAUUUGCUGACAAAUGUUGAUUUCGUAUAAUGUGGAGAUAACAUCUUCAGCGUGAUCCAUUUGCUUCACUGAAGUUCGCUAUUUGUUCUGUUUUGUGAAUUCUAAAGUUUUUGUCAAUAAAGUCAUAAACCAUGA